AAGCUGUGUGUGAGAGUUGUACAGUAGUAGACCUCUGCUAGCUGUACGUGUGAGAGUUGUACAGUAGUAGACCUCUGCUAGCUGUACGUGUGAGAGUUGUACAGUAGUAGACCUCUGCUAGCUGUACGUGUGAGAGUUGUACAGUAGUAGACCUCUGCUAGCUGUACGUGUGAGAGUUGUACAGUAGUAGACCUCUGCUAGCUGUACGUGUGUGAGUUGUACAGUAGUAGACCUCUACAUGCUGUGUGUGAGAGUUGUACAGUAGUAGACCUCUGCGAGCUGUACGUGUGAGAGUUGUACAGUAGUAGACCUCUACAUGCUGUGUGUGAGAGUUGUACAGUAGUAGACCUCUGCUAGCUGUACGUGUGAGAGUUGUACAGUAGUAGACCUCUACAUGCUGUGUGUGAGAGUUGUACAGUAGUAGACCUCUACAUGCUGUGUGUGAGAGUUGUACAGUAGUAGACCUCUACUAGCUGUAUGUGUGUGAGCAUUUCUGUCUCUCCCAAUACUUCACAAUAUGUAGACUUCUUCAACUACCGCAAACGUACCCAUCUGAAGCCAAUAUGUGUAUGACAUGGUGUGAGUUUUACAGUAUACCUUGCUACCAUAAACUGUAAGUGUGUGAUCCUCUCUCUCUCUCUCUCCCAAUGUGAUUCAAAAGAAAAUCUGUUUUUUUUUUUAAAUGACUUUGGUAUCAGAGUUGCUGACUUCAUUAAAAACUGUUGAGUUGAUGGAUUUUGGUUUGAAUCAAAUGAACGAAAUGAGUCGGAAGAUUCACUUUUUUGACUGAAUUAGCCGACUGAACGACUGAAUGAGUCGACUGGACGACUGAACGACUGAAUGAGUCGACUGGACGAGUCGACUGAACAACUGAACGAGUCGACUGGACGACUGAACGAGCUGACUGAACGAGCCGACUUGGACGAGCCAAACUUCCCAUCACUAGUACUCUGCUUGUUCUCAACGCAGUUUUUUAUUUAUUUAUUUAUUUAUAUAAUAUAAGAAAAUAUAAAAAACAUGAUAUUUAUUUAGAAAACAGUACAAGGAGGAUGGUGUUCAAAUAUAGACCUGAACAUAUUUGGUUUAUUCUGUAUUCUAUUGAAAUGCAACAAGACACACAGGAGAACACUUAGAAGGUGGUUUGACAUAAAUUGUCAUUGUUCUCAAGUCUGUCGUUUCACUGUGUGGGCCAACGUCACCUCUCUGCUGGGUGUGAGCUGAGAUAUACCCCCCACCGUGUCAUGUACCACCGCCCACCGGUGAGCUGGACCGCCCCCUAUCGUGUCAUGUACCACCGCCCACCGGUGAGCUGUACCGCCCCCCACCGUGUCAUGUACCACCGCCCACCGGUGAGCUGUACCGCCCCCCACCGUGUCAUGUACCACCGCCCACCGGUGAGCUAUACCACCGCCCACCGGGAGAAACGCUGUCUACAGAGUGUCCCGACUAGUGGUUUUCAGUGUUGAAAACACAACACCAAGUGGACAUCUAUCCGGUCAGCUGUUUUGAGAGUCAAACUCGGAAUCGUUUAAAAAAAAAGAUCACAAGGAUAUCAUCAUCAACAAGAGUAGGAUUCAACGUAAAACCAUAGAUAGACACGUUACACAAAUUGCUACCUUCUCGUAGCCAGCUUUUAUUUAGCACGAUUCAGCAAGCUCGUUACAAUGGGAUCCAGAGCGUCAACGUUACUGAGAGAGGAGGAGAUUGAAGAAAUUAAAAAAGAGACCGGCUUUUCCCACAGCCAGAUCACCCGGCUCUACAGUCGCUUUACCAGCUUGGACAAAGGAGAGAACGGCACGCUCAGUCGGGAGGAUUUCCAACGGAUCCCAGAGUUGGCCAUCAAUCCUCUGGGAGACAGAAUCAUCAAUGCCUUCUUUCCUGAGGGGGAGGACCAGGUCAACUUCAGGGGCUUCAUGAGGACGCUGGCUCACUUCCGUCCCAUAGAAGACAACGAGAAGAACAAGGACCCCAUUGCCUCCGAGCCGCUCAACAGCAGGAGCAAUAAACUGCUCUUUGCUUUCAGGCUGUACGACCUGGACAGAGAUGAUAAGAUCUCCCGUGAGGAGCUGCUACAGGUUCUUAGAAUGAUGGUUGGUGUGAACAUUUCUGACGAGCAGCUGGGCAGCAUCGCUGAUAGGACCAUCCAGGAGGCCGACCAGAAUGGAGACAACUCCAUUUCCUUUAAUGAGUUCAUCAAGGUACUGGAGAAGGUGGACGUGGAACAGAAGAUGAGCAUCCGCUUCCUGCACUGAGACACUAAUGGGCUUCCUGACAGGACUGUCUCUGAUUGGGCCCCAUUCUGACAGGACUGUCUCCGAUUGGCUGGACCCUCCACCUUCACAAUGCCCGUUGGACCAAGACCCAAGCUAUGUCCCAAAUGGCACCCUAUUCCCUAUGUAGUGCACUACUUUUGACCAGUGCCCAUAGGGCUCUGUUAUGUAGCACUCAUUUUGUUUAGGUCAAAAGUAGUGCACUACAUAGCAAAUAGGAUGCCGUUUUGGACGCAGGCUCACACCCAUCUCAACACUAUGCACUCGCUCUCUCUGACCCCUCCUCCAGUACUAUGCUCUCUCUCUCUGACUCCUCCUCCAGUACUAUGCUCUCUCUCUCUGACUCUUCCUCCAGUACUAUGCUCUCUCUCUCUAACUCUUCCUCCAGUACUAUGCUCUCUUUCUCUGACUCUUCCUCCAGUACUAUGCUCUCUCUCUGACUCCUCCUCCAGUACUAUGCUCUCUCUCUCUCUGACCCCUCCUCCAGUACUAUGCUCUUUCUCUGACUCCUCCUCCAGUACUAUGCUCUCUCUCUGACCCCUCCUCCAGUACUAUGCUCUCUCUCUGACUCCUCCUCCAGUACUAUGCUCUCUCUCUGACCCCUCCUCCAGUACUAUGCUCUCUCUCUGACCCCUCCUCCAGUACUAUGCUCUCUCUCUGACCCCUCCUCCAGUACUAUGCUCUCUCUCUCUGACCCCUCCUCCAGUACUAUGCUCUCUCUCUCUGACCCCUCCUCCAGUACUAUGCUCUCUCUCUGACCCCUCCUCCAGUACUAUGCUCUCUCUCUGACUCCUCCUCCAGUACUAUUGUCUCUCUCUCUGUCUCUCUGCCUCUGUCUCUGUGUGUCCCCUCCUCCAGUACUAUUAUCUCUCUCUCUGUCUCUCUGCCUCUGUCUCUCUGACCCCUCCUCCAGUACUAUGCUCUCUCUCUGACUCCUCCUCCAGUACUAUGCUCUCUCUGACCCCUCCUCCAGUACUAUGCUCUCUCUCUCUGACCCCUCCUCCAGUACUAUGCUCUUUCUCUGACUCCUCCUCCAGUACUAUGCUCUCUCUCUGACCCCUCCUCCAGUACUAUGCUCUCUCUCUGACCCCUCCUCCAGUACUAUGCUCUCUCUCUGACCCCUCCUCCAGUACUAUUGUCUCUCUCUCUGUCUCUCUGUCUCUGCCUCUGUCUCUGUGUGUCCCCUCCUCCAGUACUAUGCUCUCUCUCUGACUCCUCCUCCAGUACUAUUGUCUCUCUCUCUGUCUCUCUGUCUCUGUGUGUCCCCUCCAGUACUAUUGUCUCUCUGACCAAGGAUUUGGUAGAACUGAUAACGUUGUAGUUGUUAUUAUUAUUUCCGCUCUGUAAACUAAAGGGAAUACAUGCGUGCCUUGGGAUGUUUUAUGUUGACUCUACCACGUCUCUCAGAGAUGGAGCCUUAUUUAUUGUUUAGACCGGUCAAGGUUGAACUAGAUCUCAAUGUUUAUUACCAAGGCUCUCACCUUCAUGACAUAAGACAUAUAAAACAUGUUUAAAACUUGUUUAAAGACGUGUAAAAGACAUGUUUGGUGUCGUUCCAUGUAAAGUGUAGCUUUAUUGUGAUGUUAGCCAGGGCAGAAAAGGCCAAAUCUAUCCUCUUCAUUUAAGAUAACGUUUUAUAUUUAAAAGUGUUUCUGCUUGCUUUGUUAGUAUGAACAUGCAGAGGUAAAAGAUAUGUCCAUUUCUCUUUAAGGUGCGAUGUGUUAUUGCUAACGAGGAAUGAUGUGCCUUCAUUUCUCCCUGGGCAACGACUUGUUUCCCAAACUCAGCCCCCCCUCCCCCCUCCCCUCUUGGGUGCAUGUUUGGGGUUUUUGCCCUAGCUGCACUAGACCAGAGUCCUAUUCCCUUCAUAGUGCACUACUUUAGACCAGAGCCCUAUUCCCUUCAUAGUGCACUACUUUAGACCAGAGCCCUAUUCCCUUCAUAGUGCACUACUAUAGACCAGAGCCCUAUUCCCUUCAUAGUGCACUACUAUAGACCAGAGCCCUAUUCCCUUCAUAGUGCACUACUAUAGACCAGAGCCCUAUUCCCUUCAUAGUGCACUACUAUAGACCAGAGCCCUAUUCCCUUCAUAGUGCACUACUAUAGACCAGAGCCCUAUUCCCUUCAUAGUGCACUACUAUAGACCAGAGCCCUAUUCCCUUCAUAGUGCCCUACUAUAGACCAGAGCCCUAUUCCCUUCAUAGUGCCCUACUAUAGACCAGAGCCCUAUUGAGUGAAUCUUGGCCAUUUGGGACUCAGUCUAAGCUUCCUCAGUGUUUGUUAAAGAGGCCACGCUAGUAUUGUCGGACACUAUUUUGCAACAACCCUUUUUGUUUUUGAGAAUUCAUCAUUUAAAAACACAUAUAUAUAUAUAUAUUUACCCACUUUAGUGCCGUGGUGUUGGUCUCCCAUCCUUCAAUAUCAUCAGGGUCAAAUGGGAACUAAGUUAUCAUGUUAUUUUGUUUUUCUUACGGGUCCACCUGCCUAGCUACAGCCAGUCAACCGUUAAUGGCCAUUUCUCGUAUGAGUCCCAACUGACGCACUGUGUCCUAUAUAGUGCACUACUUUGAACCAGAGCUCUAUGGCCCUUGAUUAAAAGUAGUGCUCUGUGUAGGCCAUUUAUAAUGAAAAAAAGCCUUAUGUAUUGGCCCUGGUCAAAAGUAUUGCGCUACAGAGAAUCGAGUGCCAUUUGAGAGGCAGCCCUUGUGACAGUCCUGACCCUAGCUGGGUCUCAGGACCUGCCUCAGACAGUCCUGAUCCUAGCUGGUCUCAGGACCUGCCUCAGACAGUCCUGACCCUGGCUGGGUCUCAGGACCUGCCUCAGACAGUCCUGACCCUAGCUGGUCUCAUGACCUGCCUCAGACAGUCCUGACCCUAGCCGGUCUCAUGACCUGCCUCAGACAGUCCUGACCCUAGCCGGUCUCAUGACCUGCCUCAGACAGUCCUGACCCUAAUGACCUGCCUCAGACAGUCCUGACCCUAGCUGGGUCUCAGGACCUGCCUCAGACAGUCCUGACCCUAAUGACCUGCCUCAGACAGUCCUGACCCUAGCUGGGUCUCAGGACCUGCCUCAGACAGUCCUGACCCUAAUGACCUGCCUCAGACAGUCCUGACCCUAGCCGGUCUAAUGACUCUAGUCUAGUGUAACACAACCCUCCAUGAUCAAAAUAAGAUUUCAGUCAUUGUGAAUCAACCAAGAGAGACAUUGUAACCUAAUAUAUUCAAGAUCCAUACCACUGUUCCAUGUUUUUAUUGUUGAUUUAUCAUCAGGUUAGACAGGUACUUUUUGAUGGAGAAGUGAAAAAGCAUUCUAAUUUAUGUAUUUGAACCAGAAAUGCCAAAUGUAUGACAGUACCAGCGUUCAUUUAGCAAUAUGUGAUUGUGUACACAGGAUGUUUGGUCAAAUUUGAGCAUGUUUAUAAUAUACCUGGCGUAAUAGUGGAAUGACAGUGUUGAGCCUUUAAAAAAAAAAGGUUUUGGUACACCAGCUUCAAACAGCUGUAAAAAAAUAAAUAUUGUUUUGUUAUUGAAGAGAUAUUUCACAGCGAUUUCUAGACGGUAUAACGAUUCCCUACGCUAUUCAGUGCUUGUUUUUGCACAAAACUAAAGUUGAGCGAACAGUAUAGAAUAUUAGCAACGUGGAUAAGAGAAGGAUUUCUAUUAGAUGACAGCCGGAGACAGAACAACGGAUGCCGCUCCGGCGGGAGAAAUCAAUAGGCCAAUAUCCACCAUCGUUGUGAUUGGCUGUGAUAAGUAACACUGGUGAAACGCCCCUAUUAGCGCCAGCUAUAUUAUGGACAUUUUCUGAAAAUACUACAUUCCUGUGUAGCACUUUUUAGGUUCACCAGAUCCUUGAUGCUGGACGUAGAGAUUAUUUAUCAUCAAUUAGUUAUAUUAAUCAAUGUGACCAAUCAAGCAUAACUCAAAUGUACGAUAUAUUUAUAAAAUAAUUUAUCCUGUGAAAUGUUAGAAUUGUAAAAAAUUAUUUGAUUGAAAUAAAACAGGUGCCAUGCUUGCUCAAA